ACAGAGAUUUGCUGUAGGAUUAAUGUUGUACACAGCUGCACACCCCAUUGAUGUUGUGCCAGAUCAGCAACUCAUAGGCAGGGCCUCAAGAAGGCAAGGGACGACAGGGGAGAACGGGCUCGGCAGAUUCGGACAUGGACGUCGCCGGGCUCCCUUCUGACAUCCUCGUGGAGGUGACUGCGAGCAUUGCGACGAGGUCCGCGACGCCCCUCAACGACAUUGUCAACCUCCGGCGAUCGUGCAAGGUGUUCCGCGAUGCGACGGCGGCAAGGAAGGUCGGGCGGUGCAUGGCCGUGCACAGGGAGUGGAGGCUGCACUGGUGGGACAAGGCGAGGUUUCUGUCCGUGCUCCGGCGGUGCGCCGCAAGCAGCAACCCCGAGGCAUCCUACAUCCUUGGAUUGGAGGAGUUCUGCAACCGGAGAAAAGCGAGCGGGCUCCGGCACCUCCUCCACGCCAUGGAGCAUGGACACGCCGCCGCAGCCUACAUGAUGGGGAUGAUCACGUUGCACGACUCGCUGCGCUCGCCGGGCGGUGCCGAGCAGGCGCUGGAACGCUUGGACUGCUUCUCCUCCGCGCCUGCAUCCUCUGGCCCCAGCAGGACAAGGCGCAGGAUGGCCUCCGUGCGCAGAGAGGCCGUGUCGGUCAUGCGAAGGCUGACGUUGCGUCGGUGGAGGAUGCCCGAGCCUCCAACGCCCUGCGCGAAUCCGUGGUGCGGCAAGGUGGAGUCGAAGAGGGCGGAGGCCUGGGACGGCGACGGCGACGACGAGAGGUGGUUUUGCAGCCAGAUUUGCUGGUGGAAACACGAGUACUGCAAGUUUACCGAUAAGAUCUAACCAUUUGAGGUUGUGCAGGUACUACUAGCAUGUAUACAGAGCAGAUUCUGUCAUUCCCCUUCAUAUACUAUGUGCUAGCUAUUGAGAUCAAGGAUUGUAACUUGGCUAGAUCUGAAUGUUUGAACAUCAUUGAUGAAAAGCUGAAUUCGGGUGGACUUC